AUGUUGCAAGACGGAAGACAAAUGCUGGCUGGCGAACGCUUAGUUAGUCAUGCCAACAAAGGAGCCUGUCCAGACAAUCAGAUGAUACAUCCGAGCUUGACACUCUUCCGCUGCUCUAACGAACCUUCCCUUUAUUAUCUUUCCAGACAACAGGAGAUGAUAGACUUAGAGUCAGUCAUGCCAACAGAGGAGCCUCUCUGCUCCCAUGCCUACAAGGCUAAGUACAAAUUAUUUUGGUUGUUAGAGUUUAAAGCAGAUCAUAUGCUAUAA